GUGUUUUUUACGGAUUCUUACCAAUGAGACAUCUCUUCAAUACAGUCGAUUGAUAGACUUCGAGCGGCGGCGAACAGACAGACUUUUUCUUUUACGCUGGGAGUACCCAGUGUAAAUUGCAAUCUGACAUCCUAAAGGAGUGAGAUCCAGCAGGGAUACUACAUUCACCUUCCCUCAUAUUAACAAUCCUCAACAAAGCUGAGCACGGAAAACAGGCAUGAUGGGAGUCCCUGUGUUCUUUGUGGUGGUGCUAGCAUUUAUCUGUCACAACCAUAGCCUGGAAGUACAAAAACCUUUCUACAGGUUCAAAAGGUCCCAGGAAAAUGUCCUGUCAGAGCCCAGUGACUGUGUGUCCAGGACCAAGCAGCAGGUCUUGAAUUCUCACAACUUUUCUGUGGAAAUUCGGAUGCCUGGUCUUGUCCCAACUGGGUCAGACACCUACCUGUGCACAGCAUUUCCUGUGCCAACUAGUCGAGAUGCAUAUAUUGUGGACUUCAUACCUCAUGCCAGUAUGGACACAGUCCAUCACAUGCUUCUGUUUGGCUGCCAGACUCCUGCGUCCACCAGCAGCUACUGGGACUGUGGCAGUGUACAAGGCACCUGUGCAGAUGAGGCAUCCAUUAUGUAUGCAUGGGCUCGGAAUGCACCACCUACUAAAUUACCCAAAGAUGUUGGUUUUAAAGUUGGAAGAAAUUCAGGAAUGUCCCACUUUGUGCUGCAGAUCCAUUAUGGAGAUGUCAGUGCUUUUAAAGACCACCAUAGAGAUUGCUCAGGACUUACCUUAAGAAUGACAUCCAAACCGCAGCCAUUCAUUGCUGGAAUAUACCUGCUAAUGUCUGUGGACACAGUUAUCCUUCCAGGAAAAAGAGUUACAAAUGCAGACAUCGCCUGUGAUUACACUUCAUAUCCCAUCUACCCGUUUGCCUUCAGGACCCACACACACCACCUUGGUAAAGUGGUCAGUGGCUACAGGAUCCGAGAUGGGAAGUGGAGCCUGAUUGGGAGACAAUCCCCUCAGCUACCACAGGCAUUCUAUCCUGCUAAUAAGGAUGUGAAUGUGAAGUAUGGUGACACCAUUGCAGCCAGAUGUGUGUUUACUGGGGAAGGCAGAACCUCCAAAACGUAUAUUGGUGGUACCUCUGAUGAUGAAAUGUGCAACUUCUAUAUAAUGUACUACAUGGACAGCAAGCAUUCCAUCCCCUACAUGAACUGCAUGGAGUCUACCUCCAAAGAGCUGUUUCAGCAUAUUCCAGCUGAGGCCAAUGUUCCCAUAGCUGUCAGUCCAGGCCACAUGAACUCUAUGAUGCAUAUGUCGCACUCAACAGGGAGAAAGGCAUCAGAUCAUCAAGAAAACAGGUUGCUAAUGGAUACAAACAGAGAUGAGCAGGUUCUGAAUCAGGGUGACCCCUAUUCACUUUUGUCAAAGCUGCUAGACCAGAGCAAGGACAUAGUUCACAUUCAUAAGUACAACCCCAGUGAGAUGCAGAAAGCCCAGGCUGAGUUGGUGGCUCAGAUUGAUAGCUUAAUGCAACAGAAACACCAGGGCUCUCCCAGUGCCAAACUAGCCUUCCAAACCAGGGAAGAUCCGGUUUUAGUGAGGGACAGAGUCCAUAAAUUCCCUCAGCUUGAGGCCACGGCCAAGCCGCCAAGAAGCAAGCUGCUAGCUAAAGGACAAGACUACCAUUUGGAGCAAGUCUCAGCGUGGCCUCAGAGUUCUCUCCAGCUGGGUCAGGUGUCAGGACUUACCCUUGACUCAGACUCUAACUUGGUCAUUUUCCACAGAGGUGACCACCACUGGGGGGCAGACUCUUUUAACAGCCAGGCUAGAUAUCAGCAGAGGUCCCUUGGUCCAAUUCAGCAGUCCACGAUUUUGGUUGUGAACCCUGCCAAAGGCAACAUCCUGAAGGCUUCUGGCAGAGACAUGUUUUAUUUGCCUCAUGGAAUAACUUCUGACAAGAACAAUAAUUACUGGGUCACUGAUGUGGCUCUUCAUCAGGUGUUAAAAGUGAGCAGUGACGGCAGAGACAUAAUAUUGCUGGCACUGGGAGAGGCUUUCAUACCAGGAAGUGACAACAACCACUUCUGCCAGCCCACUGAUGUGGCUGUAGAUACCGAGACUGGAAACAUCUUUGUGUCUGAUGGCUACUGCAAUGCCAGAAUACUGAAAUUCUCUGCUGGUGGCAAAUACCUGUCUGAGUGGGGUGCAGGCUCGUCAGACAGAAGGCGCAUACCGUUCCGGAUCCCCCACAGCCUGGUGUUUCUUCCUGACAGACUGGAAGUCUGUGUGGCUGACAGGGAGAACGGACGUAUCCAGUGCUUCAUAGCCAAAACUGGAGAGUUUGUCAAGGAAAUAAAGAAAGAGGAGUUUGGAGGGGAGGUGUUUGCCUUAACUUACAGCCCUGCUGGGGAUGGCUUGAUCUUUGCAGUAAAUGGGGAAUCUCCAUAUCGUUCAGCUCCACUGAGAGGUUUUGUAAUAGAUUAUUCAACCAUGGACAUAUUGGAUACCUUCAACCCAGACAAAAAGGAAUUUAAAAUGCCUCACGACAUAGUUGAAACCAGUGAUGGCAGCGUCUUUGUUGGGGAUGCAGGCAGUGAAUCAGUCUUCAAGUUCACCACUGAGAAGUUACAUCGCUCUGUCAAGAAAGCUGGAAUCGAGGUUCAAGAACUUGAAGAAAUGGAGACAUUUGUCCAAACUAAGGUGAGGCCGGAGUACAACGUGUCAAAGACAGCAGCCAUCCAAGAGAUGCAAACUGUGGCUCGACCGCCUCAACAACAAGAGGAGAAAGAAGAGGAGAAGAAGAGUACAGCAAAGUCAAACAAAGCCUGGGGUGUACUCCCAGCCAUUAUCACUACACUGCUGCUCAUCCCCCUGCUGGUGGUCGUCUCCAUUGGAGUCUUUAUCUGCUGGAGGAAAAACAACCGAUGUGAAGUGAAAACUGAACCCACCUCUGUGGGAGGGAUCCUGGGAAAAAUAAGAGGUAAAGCUGUGGGCAGUCUGAACCUUGGGAACUUCUUUGCAUCCCAUAAGGGUUACAGUCGUCAGGGCUUUGACCAGCUGAGUACUGAAGGCAGCGACCAGGAGAGGAACGAAGAGGACAGCAGCGACUCCGAGAACGAAGAGUACUCUGCUCUACCGCCUCUUCAGUCCUCCUCUUAGACACUCUGGGACCAGCCACCAACCUUCGUUUUUCUGGCAAUUGAAAAUGUAUGUCAUUUAUCAUGUGUGUAACUGUUGUGUUAGCUGCCAAUCGUAUUGUUUAUAUAUUUAAAUAUAUGCUGUAUAUAAAAUAAUUUAGCAUUAUUAAGAAAAUGUAUUUAAUUUACUAGUGGUCUUAAUGCAGCCUUGGUGUAAUGCAGACAUAUUACGAUGAAAGAUAGUUUUUCCGAAAUCAAACUUGCAUUUAGUGAAAUUAUCAGAUUUUCUUAAAAUGAGGAUCAGAAACUUGAAAAAAAGUUAUUUGGUAUUAGCAAAGGGUAAAACAAAUCUAAGCCCAUUUGUGGAUUUUUAUUUUAUUUGAAAAUAAACCAAACUUUACUGACUAACUUUUUUAGGUGGGGAAUUUCCAUGACUGAAAGGUGGUCAAGUAUUUUCGAGUUAGUCAGUUGAUGUUAUAUAUUUGUACUUAAAGUGACCAGUUUGAAAACCUUAAUGGCUCUAUUUUCAUGGCAGUUAAACCCGAAAGGAACUUGAUUGAACAUCAGUAAAUUGAUGAUCUAUGAAAUAAUAUGAGUGAUUCUUACAGUUUCUGUUAUUCACAGAUACGCAUGAUACUGUAUGGAAAGUUUCUCCUUUAGUUUAUCUCUGCAGACAUCUGCAUCAGGACACGUACAGUAUAUCGAUAAAUCUACAGCCUCUGAUUUAAGUGCCACAGCAACGGUUGUAUUUUCACUGUUUAUUAUGGAGACACUAGAUUACUGGGAGUCAUGACACCAGUGCAUUAACUCAAAAGCUUUUAGCAAAAAUACCAUUUCAUACAAUAUGAUGUAAUUAUUUACAUUCUGAGAUACCGUAGAAUUAAGCCUGAAAUAGCGUCGGAUUAAUUAUGUAAACGGCUUCAGCAAACCUUUUUAAAUAAUUUUUUUCAAUUGUGAAAUCCCACACAUCUGCCCUUGGCUGCAGAUUUGUGGUACUGUGUAUUCACAUUGUGACACACUAUGAGACAACAAUCUGAUUUCCUGGAUAAGAUGAUACAUCUUUUGCUGAGCUGUUGCCUCACUGUGAUUGGCUUAACCUUAUUUAGUAAUUGCCACACCUCAUCUAUAUUCCACUUCACCCAGCCCUUUUACACUUUGCGCUGCUGAACCAAAGUAGCAGAUGAGCUUGUAGUCGCACAGUACGUGGGCCUGAGACGUACCACUUUUGCUGGUCACUUGCUACAUUAAAAUAGGGCCCUAAAAAGAACAGAAAACAUAAAUACAGUGCUUUUCACAAAAUUUAAAUAUCUAAGCAAAAAUUCAAGUAAACAGGAUUAAUUAUGGAAUUUUAGCAAUUUUAUUGUGCUGUU